AGACAAGUCAGGCGAAGAAUAAGUCCUUCAAACGCUCUCAUUUUCCUCCUCCUCCUCUCUCUCUCUCUCUCUCUCUCUCUCUCUCUCUCUCUCGUUUCUUGGAAGUUGAGGAGUUGGAAGAUCCAUGGCGGAGAUACAAACUUCCAUCUUAAUUCUCUUGCUGGGGGCCGGAGAGCUUAAAGCUUCAUCAGUUUCUCUCUCGUUUCUUGGAAGCUGAGGAGUUGGAAGAUCCGUGGCGGAGAUAUAAACUUCCAUCUUAAUUCUCUUGCUGGGGGCCGGAGAGCUUAAAGCUUCAUCAGUUUGAGAGAGAGAGAGAGAGAGUUGAUUUCAUAUAUACAUACAUACAUACAUAUAUAUAUAUAGGGUAUAGGUACACACACACACACACACACACACACACACACACACACACACAUACGCAUAUCAAAGGGUUUGAAGAGGGGAUCCAUUGAGAUGGGGAAUUACUGCUGCUGCCAUAUUUUGCAAGCUCAUCAGGUUAAUCAUCACAUCAGCCCCAACCCCACUAAGACCUCCAGCCCUGGUGGGAGCUCGUUCGACAAGGACAUAAAGCAGCUGGUUCCCACGCCGGCUCGGACGAGCAGCGGCAAUGGCAAAGCCCCAGCUGAAGGCACCACCAAGCAGCCAGUUCCGGUAGCGUUGCCCCCCGUGGGUAAGGUGAUAACACCGAACCUAAGGACGUAUACGCUGGCGGAGCUCAAAAGCGCGACCAGGAACUUCAGGCCCGACACGAUGCUCGGGGAGGGUGGGUUUGGGAGGGUCUUUAAGGGGUGGGUCGAUGAGAAGACCUUUGCCCCGGCGAAGGUCGGUGUCGGGAUCCCAGUCGCGGUCAAGAAGUCAAAUCCCGACAGCGAGCAGGGGAUGAAUGAAUGGCAGGCAGAAGUCAAAUUCUUGGGGAAGUUUCUUCAUCCAAACUUGGUAAAAUUGAUCGGAUACUGCUGGGAGGACAAACAUUACCUCCUCGUCUACGAAUACAUGCAAAAAGGAAGCUUAGAAAAUUAUCUUUUUAAAAAGUGCCCCGAACCACUUCCUUGGGAUAUUCGAAUAAAGAUAGCAAUUGGAGCAGCUCGGGGUCUCGCCUUCUUGCAUACAACGGAGAAAUCGGUUAUAUACCGAGAUUUCAAGUCCUCCAACAUAUUACUGGACGGGGAUUAUAAUGCAAAACUCUCGGAUUUUGGCCUCGCGAAGUUGGGCCCGGCAAAUGGUAACUCUCACGUGACGACCCAAGUGAUGGGCACGUACGGCUAUGCAGCGCCCGAGUAUGUUGCCACCGGGCAUCUAUACGUGAAGAGCGACGUGUAUGGUUUCGGGGUCGUUCUCCUGGAGAUGCUGACGGGCCUGCAGGCCCUGGAUAUGAACCGCCCUACUGGCGAGACCAACUUGGUGGAGUGGGCCAAGCCGUUGCUCUCCAAGGAGAAGCAGCUGAAGAAGAUCAUGGACCCAAGGUUCGAUGGCCAGUACCCCAUGAGUGGGGCGUUGCAGGCAGCUGAGCUCAUACUCAAGUGCCUCGAAGGCGACCCCAAGAACAGGCCAUCCAUGGAUGAGGUUCUGGCCAAGCUGGUGUCUAUAAGCUCCAUUAAAGAGAAACUGAAGGAAUCAAAGUCCGCCAAUCGGCUCUCAAGACAUCGGGAUGAGGCUUCCUCCUCCUCACAUAAACGACAGCACCAGCACCACCGAUCUCCACUCCACCACCAACAUGGUGGUGGCAGCGCGGGCAGCGCUAUAGGACGUGGACCCCGAAAAUAUCAGCAUCAUCCAACAGCUCGAUCACUAUGAUGAGUCGGUAAGGUCCACGAGUGCUCGUGUUUUGGAUCGUCAUGCUUUGUCAUAUAGACUUUUCCUUCCAUUUCGGGAGUCGUAAUUAGAAAAUUGCAAUUGAUUUUGUUAAUUGGAAGAAAGAUAGAUGUAGAGGGUAAAUUCAGGUCUAAAGCUUUGAUAGAGGAUUUCGAUGACAAGAUUAUGUAAUUAAAUUCCGAAGCCUAUCAUGUUUCCACAUUUCAUGUAGGAACUUUAUCGCUUGUAGCUUUGACAGCUCUUAGUUAUCCUUAUAUGGUUAAUGUUAAAUCGAAAAACAAUCGAAAACACAAGAGUUGGUCCUCA